AUGAUUAUCACUGGAGUCGAGAUCAUCAACCGCCAGUUGGUGCGCAAUCUACGAAAUAUCACUCAGCAACAACAGCCAUGCGGUAUCGAUCUUACUUUACGCCAAGUCUCCCGAUGGAACUCAGCGGCUACCAUUGAUUUCGAUAACACGAAACGUCAAACAGCCAAGACUUCUAGUUUACCUUUCGACGAAACCAACCGCACAAUCACCCUACAGCCAGGCGCUUACUUGGUCGAUUUCAAUGAGACCGUUCGAACCCCACGGAACUGUAUGGGCAGUGUCUUCCCUCGAUCUUCAUUGUGGCGGUCCGGUGUGGGAAUUGCUGCGGGUGUGGUUGACGCCGGUUACGAAGGUGCCAUGGGAGCUUUGCUGGAAGUCAAAAAUCCGUAUGGUGUGAUUCUUUAUCAGAAUGCCAAGCUUGCACAGAUAGUUUUCGAAGAAUUGGGGGACACGGUCGAGGGAUACAGCGGUAUUUACCAGUCCUCGGCGAGUGUUGGACAUGGGACAAGAGCAGUGUAA